AUGGCAGACUCAAUCCCGACAUCUACUCUCUGCGAUGUCUGCACCGGCAUCUUCGCUGGAAAAUGGGGGCCUCAGCUGCGAGGCUGGAAGAGGGCCAUCAAAAGGCCAAACGCUCCACCCGAUCCGUUCAACCCGGAGCCAGCAUUCGGAACGGCGUACGACCACGGCAUGGAGCCGUACGUGCACCGCAACGGCGCCCCGCCGACGCUCUCGUAUCCGCACCACUCAGUCGAAGAUCUGCGCAAGUCGGGAGCGUCGUGUGCGCUCUGUCAGACAGUGGUGUUGUCCCUUGAUGCUCUUCAUCCACGGAAUAACAUUAGCAUGGACUAUAUGGAGGGGCGGAAGCCGUAUGGAGUGGCCGCCUGGGCAAAGGAGGAGAUUGCAAAGGCCAAGGGUUAUGUCUUUAUAUACACUGAGAAGAACAAGACAAGCAAGCUCAUCUUCCGGUAUCAUGUUUAUGCGGAUUGGGCGGCGAAUAGGAACAUGGAUGUGAACCCGAUAGUAGGAGAGCGCGAGGGCAACGUGAAGGAUAUUUCCCUGGACAUUCAUGCUGACAAGACUUCAGACCUGUCCAAGGAGGACAACAAGCACUACAUUGAUUGGAUGGACCAAGGAAGCACCAUAGAACGAGUUCACCGGUUUCUCAAUGAGACGAGCGACUUUGCCAAGGAUCUGCCAAAGAGUCUUGUGCGGGAGCUCCCGACUCGCCUUCUCUAUCUGACUGCCGGGACGCCUGAGCCGACAGUGCGACUAAUCGAUGGAUCCAAUGUUUCGCUCGACGUCAACACUCCCUAUAUCGCCCUUUCUCACAGCUGGGGCAAUACUAUGCCCAUUCAGCUGAUCGUGUCGAGGUUGGCCGAGUUUACCAGUGGGAUUGCGUUUAGUGAUCUCCCCGCAACGUUUCGUGAUGCCGCGGCUUUGACUCUUGAGCUUGGUGUCUCAUAUCUCUGGAUCGACUCCCUUUGCAUCAUUCAGGAUUCUGCUUCCGACUGGCUCCACGAGGCACAGCGUAUGGCUUCCGUAUACGCCUUCUCUCACCUCACCAUUGCUGCGUCAGCCUCCAAAAACCCUACCACUGGUCUGUCACCAAGCCCUCGCCCCCGAACCGUCAUAGUCCGCCCGACGUGGACCGGAUUCAUCCAGGAAUGGGGGCUGCAGCCCGGGCAAACGCUCCGAGUUACCAACCCGUGGUACGAUGAGUUCGACAACACUAUUGUCUCUUCCCCCCUAAACCGUCGUGGGUGGACAUAUCAAGAAUAUGCGCUGUCCCCACGCGUGUUGCAUUGCACAGAUGGUGAAUGGUGGUGGAACACUAUCAGCGAUGCAAUCUACCGCGAGACAUCUACCAAACCAACGAGGUUCUUCACCGGCCCUGGCAGCAUCACCUGGCCGGAUAAGCUCUCCUUUUUUAACAUAGACAAGCGUCGUAUAAUGCAUACUCCGGAUAUUUGGUUCUGGGAUUAUCUAGCUUCUCAGUAUAAUCAACGAGCCCUGACGAAAAGAAAAGACAAGCUGGUGGCAUUUGGAGCAGUAGCUCAGCUCUUCGGUCAGAUCAACGGCCUGCCCGUGGACAAGCCUGGUGAGUAUGUCGCCGGCGCAUGGCGAAGUUAUCUGCCUUUCGGCCUGCAUUGGAGCACAGGGGAGAACGCAGAGCGUCAUAUGAGCCAGCCAGGCUCCGAAGACGAAGAGUACGUGAUUCCGUCGUGGUCAUGGGGUUCUAUAGACGGACUGGUGCGUUUCCACGAUGGCAAGUCGCUGAAGGAGACGCGAGAUGAGCAAACCAAAGGCAUGCCGCGACUGGUGGACGUAAACGUAGUAACAGAAGGAGGGCCAUUCGGCCCAGUCAAAAGCGGUUACAUCAUACUCCACGGCCCAAUCUUUCGAAUCCGCGUAGCCAAGAAACCAAGAGACCACAAGGAGAACGGAUUCUAUCGAGAGUUUAGGGUCCUGCGGAGCGACGGUACGGAAGCGUGGAAGCAUGACGGGCAAGCUUUCUCUCUCGACACGUGGAAAGGCAGGCUGGACGAAUGGGUGGAUGACCGGGAGAUGUAUCUCAUGAUAGGGUAUUUUGAAAAGGACGACGGAUAUGGCUCUGGAUUUGCCAUUUUGUUGGAUCUUGUCGGGAAUGCAACAAACGAGAAAGGGGUGUUCCGUCGGAUUGGAUCGACUCGAUUUUACUUCGAUGGUCUCACAAAGCUUAUAAGUGAUGUGAGGCAAGAUGGCAACGAAGCUCUGAGAGACGGGGAAUUCGUUGACUUUGACCCCAAGACUGGGUUUUAUACGUAUAAAAUCGUCUAA